UUCGUGCCCUCCGGGGAGGGUUGUUCUCAAUGUAUGUCUGGUCAUAACCAUGUAUGUCCGUCAAUCCACACCCGUUGAAUCCGUUGCUAACACCAAUUUGGAGUCGGUUGCAAGUAUCAUUGAUGACUUGAUUUCGGAUCGAGCCAUAUGGCGAAAAGUUACUUGUAUCAUCCUGUGCUUGGUGUUUGUGCUCAGCGCUUGGAUAAUGGUCGUUCUGCACGUGGUACAUUUCACGAAUCAGACCAUAUUGGAAGUUUCAGUUACUGUGGUGACACUUCUGAUAGGUCAGUACCUCGGAACCGGAAUUUUCGACUGUUACCGCUAUUGGAUGCGGUGGAACACAGCCUCGAAGAAACCACACUCAAAGCAGCAAGAGGAGAACAAAGAGGCUUGGGUUUGCAUGCGUAUCACUCUGGCCCUCAUGGGAUUGGCGCCUGUCUCCAGGUAUAUUGAGUCGCUUGUGGUUGUUCGUCGGAUGAUAGACCUUGAGAAACGGUAUCUCGCUGAGGCGGUUGCGUUCGCCAAGGAAGUCAAGCAGCCAUCCACUCUACCCAGCGGUUCUUUGAUCAGUGGGCCGUCCUUGGCUACUCGACAAUCGGAAGCAGCAGCCUCCUCAAAAAACGCAGCCCGAUUUCGCGAGCUGGAUGCAGGUCUCGUCCGCGUCUACAAGGUUCGUCGACAGUUCCGUAGGACAGAACAGGAUGCUGCUCUGGUCGCCUUGGCGAGCGGUGUUCUCGGUGCGGGGCCUUUUGUAUUUUCCCAAGGUGUUCUGUUCUUCCGGCGAGUGGGGUUGAAUUUCCCCAUGACGGAUGAUGCAAUGGUCGGUGUUCUGAGUUGUACGAUCACCGGUGUCGUAUGGCUUUGUGCUGGACUCACUCAUUAUUACCCGGCGGCUUAUGACCAAUCUGAAUUCGACUUUGAUCGCGGGGUCGGACAAGUUCCUGCUGGCGGAUUGGCUUUACUUUAUUCGGCUCAUUUGGUUCACGUCACGUUGAGAUUGGGCACUCUCGUGCUUUUCACUGCACAGUUCUACUGGAUCGUUAUGGCUGUUGUGGCAUUUCAUUACUUCUUCGUUCUUUUCUCCCUUAUCGUGUCACGAGCGUGUACCAGCGCUGAUUAUUCGAAUCAAGUCAAACUUGAACGAUCCAGCAUAUCUGGGAAUCUGCUGUCCGACUUCAUGUUCGCUUAUGUGGGCUUGUUUGAGUUCGCCAACGCUUAUGCAAAAUAUACCAGGACCAGAUAUUUGCUAUACUACUUCUUCUACUAUUUGGAAAAUUCUGCCAUGAUCGGAGCAUGGUACGUGCACUUCACAUAUCCACAGGUGUGGUACUACCUGCCAUCGCUACUGAUUACUGUGGUUGUUCAGUUUCUCGGAUUUAUUUUGCUCCAGAUCUACUUAUAUCUCUUCUCCAAACCGCGGCGUAAGACAACGCUGUGCGGCCUAUGUUUUCGCCAUCUUGAUCCAGAGGGUCACCAGUUGGUCAAUCCGGUGUCCAAACAUCAGGGUGAUGGCUCGGUACGUCGUUUCGAUUCCGUGCAGACUCCGAGCACGUUCGGAUUGCCUGAGACUUCAGUAUUGAGUGGUCGAUCCGGUAUGCCCAGGCGAUCGACUGGCGGGCUGUACGAUGCAGUUUUCGGCCAGAAGAUUUCCCAAGCUGCCAUACCAAAAUCUCAUCGUCGUCGGGGCACAGCAUCUAACCUUACUGCCCAGGCUCACCCUCCAGAGGAAUCCACAGUCACGACCAAAAGAACCCAAGCGCAUCCUGGCACUUUCAACGAGAAACCCCACCGUGUCUACAAACAGUAUACGCGCCAUUCCGAUGCACCAGUUGGUCACCUGCAAGCUGACUCGAGACGCCAUCCUGAUGACGACAGAGAUGUAACAGGUGCCGCAGAGUUGUUACGUCGUUCGUCAUCCCGCCUUCUCCCAAUCAGCGCCGAAGAAGCUAUCGAACGUGAACUGGACCGUUUCAGCAGACCACAUGAACCGGACCGUCGGCGUGGAAGAGACGAAUACAGCAGCCGUGAGCACACGAUUGUUCCCCCUGAAAGUGGACGAUCUAGAUAUUAUCAUGCUAAUGCUAGUCAACCGAGGAAUAUGACUUCGUCGACGAACUUGGAGCACGCAGCACCUAGUCAACAGCCCAACCGUAAGACACCGCAGUCAGGCGUUUUUCAGCCACGUCCGAUGGCCCAACGGAGUAGAUGGCCCUAUAGUCCGAACCCUCGCCGCUGAUGCGUAUUUUUGCCAACCCUUCUGUCCUUGUACAUUCCUCCCAGACUCGAAUUACUAUGGCUGUGUCAUGCGAUAAAAGUACUGUGGAUUUAUUUUACGUCGCUGUUUUGCUAAGAUUAUUCUAUACUACUUCAUCAAGCGCUCUAAUUAGGAUUUUUCCAAGUUAUCCUUUCGUCUGCCGGAAAUUUCGAUAAGCACCCUAUCUCAAAGUUUUUUUCUUCAGGAGCUUCUACUGAUCAUUCAAUGUUUGAAUUUAAUUUUCUUCCCAGUUUUCGUGUAUUCCAAAGUGCAUAUUGUUUUCGACGAAU